UGUUUUCAAAGAAUCAAUUAUUCUUUAUGAGUUUGAAGUUGGAGGGAAAAUACAACUUCCCUGUUCAUACGUAACGUAUCCUGCUGUUACGUUUGUCAAAUGGAGUACCGACUCAGAGUGUGGUUUGAAAGAUGAUAUGAUCGGACCUAUACUAAAUCCAGAUCUGAUAAUUUAUAAUGCAACGACUUGUAAUUCAGGGAAUUAUCAAUGCUGUGUAAAAAACAGUAUAGUUUUAACAAUUUCGUCAGUGUGUGGAAACAACAUCUUAGUCGGUUAUAGGCCUAUUGUAAUAGUGAUAAGAGAACCGAUUGUAGCAGAAUACCAAACGCGACAUACCAUAGAAUGUAGCAUAAAAGCCUUUCCUAAUAUCACCUCCGUAGAGUGGAAUAUUACAACCGAGGCUGGAACGAAAAUCUUUUCAUCUGAUGAAAACAACUUAGGAAAAUAUUUUGGAUCUUCAGUAACUUCUCCGUCACUAGAUAUCUUAAUGGCAGAUUUUACGGACACGGGCCGGUAUAUAUGUACAGCUGAAAACAUCUUUGGGAAAUCGUCAAGUACUGUAGUUUAUAUACAAAUGUAUGGAAUUUCGCUGACAGUGUCAUCUACUUAUUACACAGUUGUUUACGGCAAUGAUGUUGAAUUGAAAUGUAAUAUUACUGGAAGACCAGACAUUACCAAAGUAACUUGGAGUAUGCAAAAAGGGACCGGCGAACAUCAAAUUAAUAUGGCUAACAUAUUGAAAUAUAACGGAUCAACGUUGUCAGAACAUUCUCUUACAAUAUAUAAUGUGAUAUUUGAAGAUGAUGGGAUUUACUUUUGUGGAGCAGGGAAUAGUUACGAGAAUAGAACAAGUCAGGAAAUCACACUUACAGUUACUAGUGAUCAAACUUUGACAACCACUACAGCUCAAAAUCCUGGAACUACAUCUACUUCAACGACGUCCACUACAAUACAAAAUCCUGAAACUACAUCUCCUACAACGACGUCCACUUCAACUCAAAAUCCUGGAACUACAUCUCCUUCAACGACGUCUACUACAACUCAAAAUCCUGGAACUACAUCUGCAUCAACGACGUCCACUUCAACUCAAAAUCCUGGAACUGUAUCUGCAUCAACGACGCUAACUACACCACCAACGACUACAAAACCUGAGGAGAUUUCAUGCCAAUGUCCAUGCAGCUCUCUUGGAAUUGGAGCAAGGCAAGAUCUAUCCAACUAUACAAUAGAUGAACUUCUCGAAAUGUUGGCUCCUCAACUGGCAAAAGUGGAGAAAGAAUUGUCCGUUGACAAAUCUAACUUGUCGGCAACGAUUAAUAAAAGGAUAAGUGCAAAAGAUGAGAGAAAGUCUUCUCAGUCCAUUGGCAUUCUUGGAAUAGUCUUCAUUGUUUCCGUCAUAUUGGGCGUCGUUAUCAUAGAUUUGAUGUCAAUUGUGGAAUUCAUGAAACCUAAAUUGAAAAAAAAAAGGAAAAACUGAUGCUUCAAAACCAGAAGAACGUUCAGAAUAGAUGAUAUCAUUUUAUGGAUAAAAAUCCAUAUUUC